AAUAACUAUCCCGCUUUCACUCACUCACUCUUUUCUUCAUAUCAUAGCUGUUUUCAACAACAACAAAAAAACUUUUUUUUUUUUUUUCUUUCUUUUUUUUCUCUAUGUGACUUUUUAUCUUCCUUCAAUGGAACUGGUGAAGUUUGCAGCAUAGAUCUCAGAAUUUAAGCACCAAGAUUAAGUAUCCAAAGUUCUUUUGGAUUUUUAGAUCUUGUAGAGAUGAGGAAUAAUGUAACUUUGAAAGCUGGAGAGGUUCCAAGUCGAUUGACUCGUGCUCGAGCUGUGGCUUUGAGUACAACUGGACAGUUACCACCAAUGAAGGAGGUAGCACCAGGAACUCAGAAUCAGAAGCAGCCCCUAAGAGCCAAUUCAAAAAGAGCAGUUUCAGAUGUUACAUAUCUUCCUCAUAAAAAGAGGGCAAUUCUUCAAGAUGUCACUAACAAUUGUGGCGAAAAUACAAACAUGAGUUGCUUAAAUCCAACUGAAAUUCAGGCUAAGAAAAGGAAGGUGGCUAAGCCUGCUCAAUCUAAUGUUUCAAAUGAGGUUCCAUCAGCUGCUGAGCUACCGCCGUCCAUAGCUGACUCAAAACCAGUGAGUUCGUUGGAAAUGCGGCUUAGAUCAUCAGAAGAUUUCAGGUGCUUAGAUGAUUUGGAAGACAGUGCAUCUUUUAGGAUGAGUGCCAACCAGUGUGGCACAGACAAUAAUCUGAUUCAGAGCCAGAUGUCUAGAAUAUCUGCUUGGCCUUCAAGUUCUCAAAAGAAAGCUUCACAAACUGUUGCAGCCAAGAAAGGUAACAUUUCUGAACUUUUGGAUGUGUCAAAGCAUCCAGAUGUCGCUGACAUAGACGCUGAUUUUGAAGAUCCUCAACUAUGCAGCCACUAUGCUGCUGAUAUAUAUGACCACUUGCGUGUUGCUGAGCUGUCAAGAAGGCCUUAUCCUAACUUCAUGGAAACAGUACAGCAAGAUAUCACUCCAAGCAUGCGUGCGAUACUGGUUGAUUGGCUUGUUGAGGUUUCUGAGGGAUACAAAUUGCAAGCAAACACUCUUUACCUCACUGUAUAUCUCAUUGAUUGGUUUCUCUCCAAAAAUUGUAUUGAAAGAGAGAGACUUCAGCUGCUUGGCAUUACUUGCAUGCUAAUUGCCUCAAAAUACGAAGAAGUUAACGCCCCUCGUAUUGAAGACUUCUGCUUCAUCACAGAUAACACAUACACAAAAGAGGAGGUGGUAAAACUGGAAUCUCUAGUGCUGAAGUCCUCUUCAUAUCAACUAUUUGCUCCUACUACCAAAACUUUCCUCAGGAGGUUUCUUCGAGCGGCACAAGCUUCCUACAAGAGACCUAGCAUUGAGUUGGAGUACUUGGCAAAUUACCUGGCUGAACUAACACUGAUGAACUAUGGUUUCUUAAAUUUCCUUCCUUCUAUGAUUGCUGCAUCUGCCGUGUUUCUCGCAAGAUGGACAUUAGAUCAGUCAAGCCACCCAUGGAAUCCAACUCUUGAACACUAUGCCUCUUACAAAGCAUCAGAUUUGAAAGCUACAGUUCUUGCAUUACAAGAUCUACAACUGAAUAGUAAUGAUGACUGCCCUUUACCCGCCGCCAUCCGCAAGAAGUACAUACAAGACAAGCUCAAUUGUGUAGCAACUUUAUCUUCACCAAAACUGCUUGAAACAAUGUUCUGAAUAUGAUGGACAAAUGAUGAAUGCAAGGGACCCCUAAUUUGUAACUGAUAUAUGAUGAUGUGUACUGUGUCACAGUGGGAGACAUGUUUCAAAAGAGCUCAUCAUGUCUGAACUUUUUUUUGAGCACAUGUCUUGUCUGUCUAUUCUUUUUUGUAUAUACAUUUUAGUGACCUAUUGGGGGGGUUCUUGCUUAUUUAGUUUGUGUGAACAGUGAGAUGAAGAAUGUUGCCAAGAAUGUCUUGAUUUCGGAUGGUUUAACUGUUGCAUUUGUUAUUAACUGAUUGUAACAGUGAUAUGAUAUUGCUUAAGACUUUUUUUUAACCAAAUUCUAGAAAAGUGAAAAAAGGGAUUGAGGUGAA